CUGGUCUGUAUUUCUUGAGUUCCCUCUCCGUUUAUCACUUCCAUCACUUCCAUCACUAGGAUCAGGAUAUCUUCUUAACGCCGACACCACUAUACCCCCUUUACUCCCUUAUUCACCAUAUUAAGUAUUUACAUUGUCAAUUCUACUUUGGUACUGUAAUAAGGGACAUCUUCACCCCAUCAUUAGGUUUUGAUUCUUGGUUAUUUAUCCAAGAUGCCUCCCUUUCCUACUUUCGACUGCUAUGCCACCCUCGAGGUAGCAAGCACUGCAACAGAGCAGGAGAUCACUGCCGCCUACCGCCGCUUAGCCCUUAUUCACCAUCCAGAUAAGAACCCCAAUAACGCUGAAGCUGCUACGGCAACCUUCCAAAAAAUCCAACUUGCUUACGAGAUUCUUCAUGACCCUAUUAGUCGUUCUCGUUAUAAUCAUCACAUAGCCUCUCGGAACGCCACUACACCCCCUCGGCCCGAAUCUCAGGCGCGAUCGAAUCCUUCGGACUGGACUGAUGUUGAUGAUGAUGAUGAUGAUUGGAUAUACGACGAUGUGUUCCUUCACAUCUUCCGUUACUACUUUUUCGGAGAUGGGGCUCGGCAACCAAAUUAUCCAGGAUCUUUCGACAGAGAUAAUGUCUUUAGCCAGUUUCAGCGGGAAAGGCGAGAGGAACGUGAAAGGGUCAGCGAGGAGACUCGUAAGCAAAGAAUGGCCGAGGCAGCACGCAAAAAAGCUCGAGAAGACGACAAGAAAUCUCAAGAAGAGAUGAAAGCUAAGCAAAAAGAGGACGAACGAGUCACGGAAAAGUCCGACCAAGAGAUGCGCUGGAAAAAGCUCAACGCCGUCACCAAGGACGAGAAGGUAGAAGCUUGUCUCCACUCUGGAUUCUGCAGCAAGAUCCAGCAGUCUAAGAAGUUCAAAUGCGGCGCUUGUCAUGUGAAACGAGGCAUUAUAGCUUUCGAAUGUCCCUACUGUUUGUUGCACAUCUGUCAGCAGUGCGUGUCUGACUUCGCCAAGAAGCGCUCCUUAGCCUCGAUGCAGGACAGCUCUAAGCCUGAAGUUGAUCCCAAGUCAACGGUUAAGCCCGAGCCAGAGCCAGAGGCAGAAUUCAGGCCCGAGGCCGAAUCAUCAACUCAAGCGAAGGGCGGGCGCCACAACGAGGGACCCAACGCUAAAUCCAAGGGUGGCAAAGGCCACAAAAAGAAUGGAUAUGGGAAGAAAGGACGGAACCCAAGCUCGUGACUUUUACUGCAACGAAGCAGAUGAU